CAGACACAUUCUCACACACACACACUCACACAGAGACAGAGGCAAGCACGGACAAACAGGACCAGCGUCUCUACUCCGCUUCUCUCUUCCCUCCAUCUCUCUGUGCGUUCUCUCCGUUCUUCUCUUCUGGAGGAUCUCCAUCGCUGUCUCUCGCCGGAGCAGAACGACAGCAUAAUCUUCUCUCUUCUACCUCCCUCCUCUCCAUCUCUCUCUCUCUCCCUUCCUCUCCAUCUCUCUCUCUCUGUCUUUCGAUUUGUUUUCUCCAGGAGGAGAACAACACAUCGCCCUUCUUUCCUUCUCUCUUUCCCUCCUCUGUCUCUCUCUCUCCCUCUCUCUUUCUCUCCGUUGCUCUGUCCAUCUCUGCGUGCAGAGCUCCGAGGGGACGGCAUGGAGGACACGCUCACCUGCAGCACCACUACCUUCUCGCAGGUGUUUGGACGUCAGGGACAGCUCAUGCAAGCCACCGUGCAGUCCCUGAACAGCUUGAAUGACCAGAUCGCCCACUUCAUGGUGACGCGGCCGAGCACACUGACCCACGAGGACCAGGCGUUCCUGCCCAGCGAGAAGGACACACUCAAGCAGUCCAUGGCUCUGAUGAGGCACCUGCUGAUGGAUGCACAGGGCAAGAUCCUGAAGAUGAUGGAGGACAACAAGCAGCUGGCGCUGCGCAUCGACGGGGCCAUCCAGUCCGCCAGCCAGGAGGUGACCAACCUGCGCUCAGAACUGACCGCCACCAGCCGUCGCCUCGCCGAGCUGACCAGCCCAGACGCCAACCAGCACCACAACCACAUGUUGCUGCGUGAGGAGGUGGUGCAGCUGCAGGAGGAGGUGUCGCUGCUGAAGCAGAUGAAGGAGAUGCUGAGUAAGGACCUGGAGGAGACGCACGGGGGCUCCUCCGACCUCCUCUCCGUCACAGAGCUCCGCGUGCAGCUGGGGGAGAAGGAGCAGGAGCUGGACCGUGCCAAGGAGGCCCUGCAAGAGAAGCGGAUAAAUAGCGAUCUGAAGGUGGAGAAGGCCGACCUGGUGAACCAGAUGCAGCAGGUGUAUUCCACCCUGGAGAGCAGAGAGGAGCAGCUACGGGAGUUCAUCAGGAACUACGACCAGCACAGAAAGGAGGAUGCGGUGAAGACUCUGGCGGGCGAGAGCGAUCAGCUGGAGAGGAGAAGUGACCUGGGCGCCAGACCAAAGAGGCCAAUGGAACACACCGGAAUCCUGCGCCUCACAACUGACCUGAAAGAGAACAGGAUCAAAGAGCUGGAGGCCGAGCUACCAUGGUGA